UAAACCCUAGAGAGAGAACAGAGAGAAGAAACCGAUGAAGAGAAAGAAAUCUGAUUUCUCUGGUGAUUCCGAGGAACGCCCAUUUGUAUAACAAUGGCGAUUUUGGCAUCCGCCGUAUUGCCUUCAACUCUGAAUAUUAAGGUAAAUGGAGCUUUGAACAAACCCAAAGUCAGUUUUUCUUGUUAAGGCACAACCUUUUUUUCUGUUUUCGUACUUUUUGGAAACUUGAAUGAAGUGAAAUCCUCGAACAGGUUAAGCAACUCAAACAUCAGCCUUCUCAGCGCCAUGGGCUUUUGCAAUUAAAUGGUUAUCGUCGGGUCUCUCCAAGACGUCGCAUGAAAAUAACAAUGGCGCAGUCUGGCGAGCCAAAAAAGAUCAGGGAGCAACUGAAUAUCAUCAAGGAGACGUUAUGGGAGGCUACCCCUGAGACAGUAAAAGAUUUCCCUUGGAAAAAAGCAGAGAAUUUGCUGCUAGAGAGACUACUUUUUGUAGGACAGAAGGCAUUGAAGUUGUCUCUUGUUACAGUUUUUGUUAUUAGCUCUCUGUCAGAUUUCCUAUAUUCGAUUUCCAGGAAUCAAGAAUUGAUGGUUCCCUUUGGUCUCAUUGUUGGAUGUUUGAUGACUGAUUUCUUGAAAGAGACAUCCCAAGAAGCAUUUCGCUUCCCCGAGGAAAAGGGCUUGAAAUGGCAUCUCUUGGCACUCGGUGGCUUCUUUGUCGUUGUUAAGUUUGUUUCUACAUUUUCUGCAAUACGGACACAAGUAUUUCUUUUGCAUGUUGCAAAUGGUGGAUUGAUGCAAGCUCUGUGGCUAUGGAGAAGUUUGCUGGAAGAACAUGAAAGUAAAGGAUCUUCAGCUGCAGAUGCACAAAGUUAAGUUCUUGAGGGCGAUCUUGCUCGAUGAUGAUUGCUAUACAUCGUCCAACAACAUUUUGACCAAAUUCUUUGUUUUCGUUUGACCUAAAACGUUGUUAUCAGUAAGUUCUUUAGGGCGAUAUUGCUUGAUAAUCUGUAAAAUAGUGAGUGUUUUAAAAGGUGCAUAGACCCAAUGAUGAAAUUCACCUAGGUACAAAUUGAAAUAUUGUUACCAUGCACUGAAAUAAAUG